AUGGCAUGCAUUUCACAGCUGCCGGAUGCUGCUAAAAGGCUACAAGGAAAGGUGGCUAUGAUCACCGGUGGGGCUAGGGGCCUUGGUGAGUGCAUGGCAAGGCUUUUCUGCCAACAUGGGGCAAAGGUGGUGAUUGCAGAUAUUCGAGAUCAAUUAGGUCAAGCAGUACAAGAUUCAAUUGGAACUGAAUUAGCAACCUAUGUUCAUUGUGAUGUAACAAAAGAAACUGAUGUUGAAAAUGCAGUUAACAUAGCUAUAUACAAGUAUGGAAAGCUAGACAUAAUGGUGAACAAUGCUGUAUUAAUAGAUGAAGCCAAACCCAGCAUUCUUGACAAUGAUGUGACUGAAUUUGAACGUGUUGUUAGUGUCAACCUUACAGGCCCCUUCUUGGGAACUAAGCAUGCAGCUAAAGUGAUGAUCCCUGCCAAAAAGGGAAGCAUAAUAAUGGUAGGAAGUGUUUGCUCAAGCAUUGGAGGGGUUGCAACACAUGCAUACACAAGCUCUAAACAUGCUGUGGUUGGACUCACAAAGAACACAGCUGCUGAACUUGGAAAAUUUGGCAUAAGAGUCAAUGGUUUGUCUCCAUACUUCAUUUCUAAUGCAUUAGCAAGAGAAUUCUUCAAACUAGAUGAUGAUGGGUGCUCAAGUGUUUAUUCCAAUCUUAAAGGUGUUGCCUUGCAAGAAGAGGAUGUAGCACAAGCUGCACUCUAUUUGGCUAGUGAUGAGUCCAAGUACGUAAGUGGCCAUAAUCUAGCUGUGGAUGGUGGCUUUACUACUAUCAAUCCAAUUUUCGGUUUGUUUUCAAAAUCUUAA